AUGAAUGAAACGGUCCAUGGCAACCAUUGUUCGCGGCGCGACGAGACGAAAAGCGUGAAAAAAACGGCUCAGAAGCUCUCGACCAAAGAGCUGAGCGAAUGGAAAAUGGGUUUUCAACUGUUAUUUCUUCUUCCUCUCCAUUUAUUUCUCUUAUCAAGCGCUGCUCCGAAGAAAUGCCAACCGGCCAACUCGAAUCCCCCACACGGCUGUCGGAACUUCGGCCUCUGCAAGUCGCCGACCCAAACUAUGAUCGCCGACAAAGAUUCUACUGAAACUUGUCAACUCGGCUGUAGUUCCAUCGAUGAUUGUGUUUGUGUCAACGGUGUCAGCAGCAAACCUGCCACCUGUGAUACAGGUUCCAUUCAAUUUAUGGAAUUUUGCCGGUUUUCAUUGACAACGGCGGUUAUUUUAGGGUUAAGGUUCGAAUUCUCGUUUACCAACAAGGUAGAUUUUUGAGCCUUGAUUUGACUUAACUCACAAGGGAUGUCACACUUUGCGGGUGGGAAUUUCCUGUACCAGAUGAGGAUCCUGCAAGUUUUCACAAUUUCUUCGUUUUCGAGAAAUAAGGGCCUAAAGCCUCGAAACGACCUAUUUUUAUAGAUUUUGAUGGUUUUCUUUAAGGUGUCUUUUCUCAAAAACUAGAAAGUUUCGCAGGUUAAAACGCUCAGAAUCUACUUUUGGUACAUCGAGGAUCGUUCCGGUCAAUUUUCAGGAAAUCCCAACCGCGAAGUAUACUAACCUCCACUUUCUGAACUUUGCGAAUUUUAAAGUGAUAAUUCGAAAACAAGUGCACCGCAAGUCUUUCUCUCGUUUUAAAAUCGAAAGGUCCUAGAUUACAUUUCAGCAAAGUUUAUCGAAAGUCAACGGGGAGACUAAAAAAGUUCCCUUGUCGGUCACUCUCUUAAAGUCACUAGGAAAAACUUUGUCGUUAUUGUUUAGAUUAUUUUUAAAGUUUUUAAUUUUCAAAGUUGCAAAGUAAGUCUCGAAUUAUUCAUAAAUUUGCGAAAAAUGCAAACUUUGAACUUCCGUAACUGAAAUUUUUGUGAGGGGUUUCAAAAAAGAAAGUUUCACUUUUUUAUAAAGAUAAUUUUAGUAAGAAUGUUUCACUGCUCAAAAUGAAAGGAAUUUCAAACAAGGAAGUUCUACAGAAAUUUCCAUUCUUCCAUAUCAACUAUUCCUUGAUCUUCAUAAUGGGAAUGCUGACCAAUGCAAUUUCCCAUUGACAUUUUGAUAAACCGAGAAUUCGAUCCGUUAUCUCGUCACAUAAAGAAGGAAGUGUUACCCUAAAAUUUCGUCUUCUUUUUUUCAAAAUUCACAUGAAGUAUCGUAGCCUGAUAAUAUUGUAAAUGUUUUUUUUUUCAAAAACAAGUUUCAGUAAAUGAAAACUGCAACGCGGAUAGUUGCAAAAACAAAAAUGGCCAUUAUCGAUGCAUCAACGGGAUAGGUACUACCCAAUGUGUUUGUGAAAUUGGAUACGGUGGCGACGACUGUAAUACAGGUAGGUAAUUGAAAAAGGUAAAUGGAAAAUAUUGUAAAAAGAGGAAAAAAAUCUCAAAAUGUCAGAGCUUGUGCGCUCCAUUGAUAAAUCGGAGAGAAAGGGGGGUAUACCUUGGACCUCGGUGAUGAAAACCAGAGGGGCUCCAAAUAUUUCUGAGAAGUCUUAGGGAUCACUUAAGAGCGCUGACGCUUCUAAAGUGCUCAAUAGAAAUGUUCCGAUUCCGGGCAGGUUUUUUUUCGCGUCACCAAGGUCCGAGAAGUUAUAUAUAUUUCCAAUUUUCAAAGCUGAAUUUGAGGUUCUAUUACUGGUAGUGUACACAUUUAAUACAUUUAAAAACCAGUUUCGUGGAAUUUUUUUUGACUUUUUUCAAAACUUUAUUAAGGUUUCCUAGUUCUGUACUGAACUCAUAAAGCUUUUCCUAGUUUUUUUUAUUUUUACAAACUUUUUACAUAACGUUUUCCCUAGAAAUCGGAGACGCUUGUACGGUUAAGCCGUGUCAAAACGGCGGAACUUGUACUCCCUUGGGAAAUGGAGACACUUACAGCUGCACCUGUAAAGACAACUAUUACGGCGACGACUGUGAAAGUAAUUUUUUUUCCAGCAAGGGGAUUUUUUAACCCACGGUCGAAAUUUUGAUGAAAAUUAGGUUAUCAGUGCUUCAAGACAAGAAAAAGUUUUGCAAUAGGUCUUGUUUUCGAGUUUUAACUUCAAUAAGACGGUGAACUUCAUAAAUAAUGGAAAAAAGGCAUUAUUUGACGGUUUUGAAGCUCCAUAACUUGAAAAAAUGAGUACCAUUGCGAGAGUUUUUGUUCUAGAGAGAAGGUCCGGAAAAACGAACUGUUCUGAGUAGGAAAUUGAAGCAGCUAUCAACCCAUAGUAAUUCCAGAGAUCGAAAAAUCUUGAAAACUUGUUGCAGUCUCUAAAAUGGGAGAUACACCUCAGCCAAGUUUCAUUAAAAGUUCAACCGAGGGCUUUUUUAAAAAAAUCCCCUGUAAGAACAAAUCAAUUUUGAACGGUCUUUUUUAGUGACGGAUUGGUGUGCCAACAAAAACCUAUGUGGAAACGGCGCUACCUGCGAAGCUGUCUAUAAUGGGACGGAUUAUUAUUGUAAUUGCACGGAGGACUGGCAAAACCGCAACUGUUACAAGUCUAAUAUUCUAUCUUGUGAGAUUUUCUUGAAUUUUCAAAGAGCAGGAAAAUCAACUUCGAAAUUACCAAAGCCAAAAAUUUAUCAGGAAGAUUCGAAAGGUUUCAAAAUCCGCUGCGAACCCUGGGAAAAAGAAAAAGUCUUUCAAUUUUCUGAAUAGCUCCACUCUUUUUUCUUUCGGAAGUAAAACUUCAUAUUUGUCUAAAACUCAAACUUUAAAUGUACAUUAGGAAUUUUCAAGUGUUUGUGUUUUGGUUGUUUGUAUUUUAGGCUUUUUUUCCUCUAAAACUAUUUCCUUCUCACUCAAAAUAACCUCCCAAUCAACGACUUCACCAGGGAACCCGAUCAAAGAAGGAUGCUACGAGUACAACGAAAAUCUGACCAGCACUUCGUAUGACAUGCUUUCCGACCCUUCUAUGACCAUCGAACUUUGUCGAGAUGCGGCUCGAAAUGCGAAAAGCGACUUUUUUGGUUCUACUUCGAUCGAACAUGAUCGCAUAUAUCAAAAUUCAUCUAUUUUCAGCCGUUUGUGGAACUGAUUGUUAUCACGGCGAAGAAAAUCCAAUGACCGAAGAAUUUCACAACGACGGGGAUUGCGAUACUUCGUGUCCCGGUAAUGAUACCGAGCAAUGUGGAAAAGUGGAGAACCGAUGUUGGGUCUAUGAUAAUACGGAUAAAGGUGAACUUUUUUCUGUGUUGUUCAGCGUUUUUUCUUCGAAAAUGACUAAAAAACUCGAGCUUUUCAAUUUCAAGCCAAUUCUGAAAAGUUCUCAGAAUACGAAGAAAACCGCUGCGAGAAUGACCCAACCCUCUGCAAUGCUGACUGGGAUCAAGGAAUUUGCGUGAACAACUUGGAUGGCUACAGUUGCGUUUGCAAUCCCAGAUUCUCCGGUCACAACUGUGAAACGCGUGGGAUUAUACCAAGAAAAAAAAACUUUCGAAUUAUUUCAGCGGUCGUGUUCGCUUGCGACUCGGAACCCGUGUCAGAACAAUGCAACUUGCCUCGAAAAACCUAAUAAUAAUUAUCUUUGCGUCUGUCCCGACGGAUUCUCCGGCAAAACAUGUGAAAGUAGGUGAAAAAAAUGUAGAAGAAAGAAAAAAAAAAAUGGAAAAAUCCUCAAGUUUUCUUAUUCUCAAAAAUUCCUAUUAGAGCUACUCUCUUUUUCAAUUUUUAUAAUGAUUAUUGAAUGAAAAAAAUCAUAGAAAACAAAAGAAAGGCAAAAUGAAUUUCUCACCUUUCGGGGAUACUAUAUUUCAAAUAUACGCAUUGUGGAUCAAACGCGUUUCAACUGAAACUCGACGCGCAUUCUCGUCAAAUCGAAUUUUUUUCGACUUUUUCACAUUUUUUUAACUGUAUUGAAUAUAAUUUUUGAACGUUUUAGAAGGAUUUUUUUAAUACACUACAUUUGGAGAAACAGUUUUCGAAAAGGAAAAGAUCGUCCAAUUUUCUCAACAUUCCCCAGAAAAAAAUCUUUUGCUUCUUAUUUUUUUCUACAUUGAAUUUUAAAAAGAAACUCGUUUCAUAUUUUUUUUCUUCUUAGUUUUUUUCGAUUUUGCGUGAUCAAAAUUUGUUUCAGAAGUUGAAAUUUGCAACUCGACAACUUGUUUUUUCGGAGGAACUUGUACGACUCUUGAUUCUGGCGAUUUCCAAUGCGCUUGUCUUCAGUAUUACUAUGGAAAUCGAUGUGAAUGUUUGUUUUUCAUUUUGGCACUGAUUACUUUUUGAAUGGUUCAAGUCGUGAACCGAUGUAACUACAAUAAUCCAUGCGUUCACGGAAAAUGUGAGGCAGUUCCGGGCGUCGAUCCGAUGGAUUUCAGUUGUACCUGUGACAACGGAUGGACUGGUCCUACUUGCGCUGAAAGUUUGUUUAUUUUUUUUUGUGAUUUAUCAUUAUAUAAAAGUUUAAUAAACCAUAGGUUUUUUGAAAAAUCCACUUAGAAACAAGGAGUUGAGUCGUUUUCUAGGAGCCUUUUUGUUGAAAAUUUAUAGUUUCUCGAGAAGAUUUUUUUUUCAAAAAUAGCGCGAAAAAUUUUUGUACUUCUUCAAAUUUUCAUAUUCCUAGAUAAUCUUAAGUUAGUAAAGCUAACCAGACGCGUCCCGUAUGAGCAUUUCUAGUGAUCUCUUUAGCGGCGUCUUAAGUGAUACUAGAGUUUCUCAGAACUUGAGGGGCUCCGUUCCCUCACCGGCAGAUUAACAUAGAAAUAGCAUGAAAAUAUGAGAGGGCGCAGAGUAGUCCCGACUUUUCAAGUCUCCAAAAAUGGACAGUUUCGGGAAAAAUUCUAGGGGCCACAAAAGAGGUACCUCACGGGCUUUUGAAGAAGGCACUAAAGUGACCACUGAAACCACUUUUUUAGAACCUAUUAUUAUUUUGUCUUAGUGACCACUAUAGUAGUUUUUAGUGGUGAAGUAGUACCACUAAGACUUAUGAAGAAGCCACUUACUUGACUACUAGAGGCCACUAAAACGUCAAAACUAAAAAGUGGCCUUCAAAAAUUUUCCUGGUAGCAUUUCGGAUUAUAAUAUAUGAUGUGAAAGAGAAGCUUUCAAGUGACCAACUUCUGCGAGCCGAAUCCGUGUCUCUACGGCGGCGUCUGCACUCCGAAGUUCCUCGGCUACGACUGCGACUGUCCCGACGGCUCCAGCGGCGUCAACUGCUCAGAACGUUAACAUAUUCCGCUCCUUGUCGAUUCCUCAUCACCCAAUUUGUUAGUUGUCGAUUACUGUAUCCCCUAUACCGACAAAAAAGGCCGGUCGAUCAAAACGCCCUGUAAUUCAAAGGACGACGGCGCCGUUUGUACAAACGUCCUGAAAGGAUACACUUGUAACUGUACGGAGAUGUGGAUCAUGGCCAAUUGUGAUCUGAGUUUGGCUCUUGCCCGGGAAAAGUUGUAAGAUAAGUGGUGUAGGCAUCAUUAUUUACGACGUGCUGACGGCGGUCUACGGAAAGAUCGACGAUACGAUGGUGGCGGUGAGUUUUGAAAGAAAAAAAAAUUUUUUUCAUGGUUAGUCCAAAAAUCAUUUUAAGUAUUGGACGAGCGUUGACAAAAUUAAAAAUUUCCUGUGUUUCAAAAUGGUCCAAAAAAGGUUUUUGAAUAGAUAGUACGAGCAAUAAUGAGCAAGUGUGAGAUGUUAGAUUUUUUUAAAAAAACUGAAUAAAAAUUAUUUUACACCUUGUGACAAACAUUGAUUGAGUUGAUCUUUUGUCGAGAUUUUCGAAGUUUUUUACCGUAAUCCUUCGAGUUACCGUAUCUUGAAAACUUGUCGAGUGAGUAUAUUUUCAAAAAAUCCUGAAAGUUGGGUUCAACAACAUAUUUGAUUCUGAGAUAAAUUUAACGAAACGCCAUUUUUUUGACUUAGCCUAAACCCAAAUGGCGCAGAACAAGUCUAGUUUUGGACCUCGUUCAGUUGCUGAACGAGUUGAUGAACAAUCCGUCGAUGAUCAAAGAUCUGGUGCCUUUCAUCGUCGGGAUGCUUGACGAGAGCAAUCGAACCUCGUUGAGUUGGACCGCCGAGGAUUUGUUCGAAUGGAUCGCUUUUGAACAAAAGCGGCUUAAUUAUGAGUAAUUUCACAGAAAAAUUAACUUUUCAAGGCCUUUUUUACAGAAAAGACAUUGUGAAAUGGAACGACGUAGUGCUGGGAAAUUGUUUCACGUUCAAUUAUAGGGACAGCAAUGAGACGUUCGAGAGAAGGAUGUUGGGAGCUCCUGGCGGUGAGUUUCAAUAAAACUUUCUCUGGGAAGAAAAAAAGUAAUGGAUUUUUUUAAGCUUCUUCAUAGUUCAUUUUUUUAAAAAUUUAACUUUUUGCGUUGUUUCAUCGGCUCUUAUACACUAUUUUCGCUGCCUCUCCCCUUUUUCCACUAUCUCUCGAGCCUUUAAAAAUCCCAGAAAAAAAUUUGAAGGCUCGAUAAAGGGAUUCUUUUUGUUGCUUUUUGCGGCCUUCUCUGAGCCUCUCCUUUUUAGCGGCCAUUAUCCACCAAUUCGAAUUUACCCGAGAAAACUGGAAAAAAAACGUCCAAUUGCAUCUUUUUGCGUGUAGUAAUCGUACUGAACCCAACUAUUUGAAUAUUUAAACUCGGUUUUUUUCUGAUUCUUAAAUUUUUUUCAAUUUUGAUCCUUUGAUUUUUACAUCACUCAUAGUUGCACUGUCUUUUUCGUUUUUUUCCAAAAAAAUAUAAUUUUUCAGAUUUUUUUCCCUUGCUUUUUAAAUAUAAUUCAUAAAGUAUCUAGCUUUAAGUUCACCGAUCUUAAUGUUCAAACUCGGUUUUCUCGAUUCGGAAUUUUUUUUGUGUUAUUGAUCGUUAUCAUUUCAUGAUCACAACUUUUGUUUUCUCAAAUUUUUUUUUAGUCACGACUGUAAAAAAAUAUCAGACCGAUAAGUUUUUUUGUGCUUUUUUUGAACGUUUUUUUUGGCAAUCUUUUUAAAAUUAUACUGAUUUUUUGACAAAGUGUGGAAAAAAUGGUUUGAAACUAGAACAGAAAUAAAUAAUAAUAAAAUGGCAGAACUAUUUAUAAAGUGAAGACAAAAAUGUUUGCAAUCAAAAAAAUGUAGAAAGGGUUGAUUUGAGGUUUACAAGCUCUGAUGAGAGUCCGGCAGGAUGAAUACGCGCCGUGGACCGAUGUUUCCGCGAUUUUGGUCUUUAUUCACGACAAAGAUGACUACGUAUUUUCGGAAUCUGUUCGGUAUAAUGCUCAGCCGAGCACUGGAACCAUGUUAAAUGUUUACGAUGUGAGUUGGAAAAAGUGGGAAAUUUCCAAGAGAAAAAAAUAGAAAAAUGCGAAUUUGCAAACAUUUUAGCACUUUCAGAUGAAAAUGUGAAAUUUUAAGUUUUUUUCUAAAGAGGAAACUAAUAGGCAAAGUCUAGAAGAAACUUCUGAAUAAAAGCCUCGAGAGAACUUUUUAGCGUAUUUUAAAAUCUAAUCAGGAAGUUUUUAGUGACCACUGUAGCAGUUAAAUUAGCGGACACUUGAAGAAUUAGAAUUAAGAGGAGUUUUUAAAGUCUGAAAGAUUAUACUAGAUCGAAAAAAAAGUACUUUAGUUGUCAUUCAGAAGCAAAAUAAUGACUUACAGAGGCGGUUUAAGUCCAAAAACGCCAAAAAGUUUGAUAAAAGCAGAGAAAAGUUAGGUUUUGUCAAAAAAAAGAAAAUUUUAGCUCUUUUUCAAGUUUGAAAUCUGAAUUGACUGAAACAAAAAAAUGAAUAUGUCUUCAGGACAGAUAUACACGUCUCGGCGGCAGUUACGGAGUUUGCGUCAGGAAUAUUUCCGAAGUCGCGGCGUAUUAUUAUCCUGGAGCCUACACUACAGAUGUGAGGCUCUUUUGUAAAAAAAAAAAUUGAAGGAUGCAUUUCAGAAAUUACAAAUUUCUAUCCCCUCUUAGUUUUGUUUCUGUUUUUGCAGAUAUUUUUUCAAGAUAUGUUUUUAAUGAUAUUCUCUUUUUGAAAAGGAAGGGUGGCUGAUUUUACUCAAAACUUCAGAAGCAUUGGAAAAUUGACUCAUUGUACUGGGAAAAAUUCGAACUUUUUUUGAAACUCAAUAUGAAAAAUCACUUAUAUUUUUUUUGAAAAAAACUUUUGAUUAUUAAAGUUCUCGUUAAAAAGUUUCAAAAAGUUAUCUUCCCGUUCGUCUCAGUUUACAAACUUUUUCGUUACUUAUAAACUUUAUUAGAAUCUAUAUUUUUUUGAACUUUCAGGGGUGUCUCAGAACCUGCUAUCAAGAUAUGCUCGAACAAAAGUGCGAAUGCAUGGAUCCCAGGUACCCGAUGCCAAACGGAACGACUACUUGUCAACUGGAACAAAGUAAAAAUCGAUAUAGAUUAUAAAAAUCUUUGCAGACUUGGAAGGCAAAAAUCUUAUUCACUCAUACUAACCAGUAAACCAUAGUAGAAAAGUAUUAAAAACUGCGAGCAUUUUUCAUAGUGGUGAGAAGUCCCUCGAGAAGAAGACAUUGAAGUGGCAAUUAAUUUGACUACUAUAGUGGCCACUAAAACGUCAAAACCCUGAAGUGGCCACUAAAGGUUUUCGCAGAAAAAAACUACUUUUGAAUUUUUUUUUCCGGCCAACAUAGCGGACUCACGGUUGACUUGAGCCAUCGAAAAAAGGGCCCUGACACGAUAGAAAAAGAGACAGUGUCUGGCUGGUGGAGAGUGCAGACAGGCCACGCCCAUUCAGAGUUCCAAGUUAACCGUUAAUCGGCUAUAUCCGCGUUUUUACGAUGAUCAUGCUUUAAUCGCCUUCCGAGUCAAGACAAAUUAACUGUGAAAAUUAUAAGAAAACUUUCACUUUUUUCCCAGGAAACUGUGUGAUCGACGCGUCGGACAACGCUGGCGACCCUUCCACGUGGAAAAGCUGCGUUUGUCCGUUGCCCUGCGAAAAUAUCGCCUAUUCGGUUACCUGGAGUAGCAACCGAUUUGUUGAUUAUGUGAGAGGAUUUCACUCGACAAAUCACAUUUUUCCCUAAUUUUCAGCCAGUCGAAUGCCGCGAGGCUAGCAAUGUUUCUAUCUGCAUGGAAAGGUAUACCGAUGAGACGUUGAUCACCGUAAAUCUACCCAAGUUGGACUACCAAAUCUACCAGGAGACCAAGUCGAUGGAUGUCAGCCUUCAGCCUUCCAAAUCAAAUCAAAAAAAUAAACAUACUUUCAGUUGAACAAGUUCAUCUCGUACCUCGGCGGCCUUCUCGGCGUCCUCAUGGGCAUUUGUAUCAUUUCCUUCAUCGAGCUGUUCUUUUUGCUCGUUCAUCUGUUUUUGGUUUUGAUUGAGAAAGAUAAAUAA